AAGGAAUGGGAGUGGUUGAAUCUGCUGGUAAUGGAAGCGAAACACGGGAGAGCUUCCUCAGACGGGCGAAGGUGCGCGAUCGGGAGAGGAUCGAUGAGUCCGCAGGUGCUUCUAGGAUCAGCCAGUCAAUAACCAGUGAAACAAUCAAUGUACGAGAGGCCUACCGAGGGCAGAGGAGGAAGACGCGGGAUCAGCAAUGAGCCCCGAUGCACGAAGCUCGUCGUACGAGAUUUCCUCAAAGUCGUCAAACAAUGGCUCGG